CAAAAUCUCCUUGUUUGCCACGGGGGUGUAAAAUUAUAGCCCAUGAAGGAGUCAUAUGAUAUUUAAGUUAUAUGGUAACUAAGAACAGCGAUGUGUUGUUUGCAUGUAUCAUGAUUCCCUCGAAGCCAAGGUCUAUAUACAGUAGACCUUGCUCAUAGCCACGUAGAGAAACAGGUGUUCAGUAGACACGUGUGGUGAGGGGACAGUGAGCCAGUCCCUCCCGUCUACUGUCACCUGCUGCUGUCGUCUGCUACUCGCUGCCUAAUAUGAAUCUAUAGUUUCCUACCUAAUAUAUAUUAUCCUUUAUGUCAAAAAUUUUUUGGUGUUAUAUUUAUUUUGAAAAAUAUAUUAACAUUUUCCAUUGAGUAAAUAAAGAACAAAUUAAAAUUUUAAGUCAAAUAUUUUACUAGUUCAGUUUUUCAGUUGACUAAACACACUCAGUCCAACAUGGCGCAGGAGUAUCAAUACUUUUACGAGGAUGAAGUCUACAGAUUCAAUAAAAAGGGAAACUUGGAGCUUGGUAUGGUACUGGAGAAUGCAGAAUUUGUAUCCAGUGAUGAGGAAUCUGAUGUAGAUGAGGAAGACAAGGUGACCAAAGGCAGUAUACGGGUGGCAUGGUACCCCAAGGGCGAGGAGCAAGUUCUCCCUGAAAGAAAGGUGGGAUUGGCAGAUCGGUCACUAAUGCCUGGCGAUGUCGUACGUCGCUUGAUCCGAGGAAAGGACACUCAGCGUGGUUACUGCCGCCAAGUGCACGUAACCUCCAGCGUGCAAGUCGUGGGAACAAAGCAUGUGAUAUUGAAUGUUGACAGCAAUGACCUUACUCCACUUGAGGAGUUUACAACAGACAUUGCUGUAGCCUUAGACUCCUGGGUAGGAAUGGUGCACAUGGUCAAGUGUCGGCUGGUGAUGCUGUGUGCUGAUGGCUCAAGAUGCAUUAUGUCCGAUGGCGAAGCUCUGGAGUUGGAUGAUAUGCGGGAUACACGAGAUAGGGUUAGAUUGGACUCGGAGUUUCGGCGAUAUGAUUUCUACCCGGGACAGCAGCUAGUUGGAUGCUCACGGGCAUUUGAAGAUGUGGAAUGGAUCCACCGCACACGAGAGAUGGAAGUUGCGUUAUCCAAGCCUCAUAAGUCAAUUAAGGUCUCUGUUGAACAAGUUCAGGUGGUGCAACUUGGAGUACGUUGGCAGUGCCGUGCAUUUUCCAAUGACUCGAAUGUAGACAAAGAGCAACCGAAAUAUCUUGUUCAAGGAGAAGAUUUAAAGAGAGUGAAAAUGCUGAAUGUAUUUGAGCCUUGCACCCUUCAGCUAGGUGAUCGUAACUAUUAUUCUUCAAAAGAAGGAGAUGUAAUCAUGACCCGGGAACAAUGGAGAAAGCUUAUGGCAGUCCAGCUAUCAGCAGACCACACUAAUCCCUGUCCCCUACGACCACGACCUGCAAAGAAUAAGUCCAAGAGAAAAGUACGGUCUGUUUUAGCUGAUGCUGUAAAAGUAACUACAGAUCCCCCUGUCACUUCAUCACAACCAAGUGGAACUGAAGAAUCUAAUACGGCCGUGUGUAAAGAAGUCCGGGGUGCUGAGGGAGGAGUACCUCGAGAAAACUCCAAAGAUGAUGACACUGCUGAUAGUGAUGGUUAUAUUGACUUAGAUACUGAUGACUGUUCUGAUACAGCAUCAAUCAGUAGUGGGGCAUCUACAGGGUCUCUAGGAAAACGGAACAAAAAGGGUCCAGCACUCAUGACCAGGAUGAUGAAGAAGUGUAAACUAAAACGGGCUAAGCGAAGGUCAUCAAACGAGAGAACCAUCAUCAAGCCUGGAGACAAGUUGGUGGUAGAAACACUGAUGACCACCUCCAAGGCAGAUGUUGUUUGGCAGGAUGGAACAUUGGAAAAGUCCAUUCUUUCUACAGUGCUCUACCCUAUCCACCACUUAGAUGACCAAGAAUUCUUUCCUGGAGACUUUGUAGUGGAACAGAAAGAUUCUAUUGAUCCUCACGAAUAUGGUGUUGUUCAGAAGGUUGAUCAUGGGGGAAGGACUUCCAUUGUUAAAUGGUUUAGAACUUACACUGCUGGCAGUGAACCACGACCUCAGUUCCUGUGUGAGCAAGAAAUGAGUGUGUAUGACCUGCGGGAUCACCCAGACUUCCGUUAUCGCCCUGGCUCAGUAGUCAUACGGGUAGCUAACUUUGAAAAUGACCAAACUUGUUUCACUGGACAAGUGCUGGACAAUUUUCCCUCAGGAGAAGUGAGUGUAUGGUGGGUGGAUGGACGGAAGUCGGUGUGUUACCCUCAAGAUCUUUACAAGGUUGGUGAAUAUGAUUCGGAUGAGGGUGAAUUAUGGGAUGACACGGCCUCAGAUGAAUCCUGGGAGACUGAAAGUGAACAUUCAGUUAUUGCAGAAGAAAGUGAGAGUGAAAGUGAGGGAUUGCUUAAGACAAGGUUGGUGGCCAACAUUGAAAAGGCACGGAUAGCCAUGAGUAGACUUGAAGAAAUUUUCACUCAGAACCCAGCCCUCCAAACAACUGCUGUCAUGAAGCAACUUUUGGAUUGUUAUAAAGAGUGCAGAUACAUGGACAAGCUGAUGGGAACUAGUUUCUUCCAUGAAAGUAAUUUUCAGGGCCUCAUAGAGAAAGUUCGUGAACGCGGUCGAGCAUCUACCACCCAGCGUAUGACAGAACAGAUCAACCGCCUCUUUUCAACUUCAGACACUGAAGCUGGUCCACUCAAUUCACCAGUGAACUGUGGAGAAGAAAGUAAACCUGAUGCUGGAAAAUCUGAUGCUUUGAAACUUGAUAUAGCAAAAUCUAAUAAAGGUAAUCCAAGCAAUAAGGAUAUCAAGAAUAGCAAAGAAUGUGGGGGCUGUUGCAAUGCAGACAGUGACAUCUUGUCCUCCAAAAAUGCUAUACUAAGCAGCUCUGCAACAUUGUCAGAAAAUUUGGCAAACCUCAGCUUGUCUCAGUGUAAAGCCAGUAAGUCAGACAAGCUGCUUGAUGGAGGGCGUAGUAGGGGAGGGGAACUGCGCCACAAGAGGAUGAGUGAGACUGAUAUGACCCUUCAUGAUAAGACAUAUUCCGACUCACGUUUAAAGGACUCCAAGAGUUGUAAUGAUCUGAAGGUAUCAUCUGAGACUCUGAGUGGUGUAACAGAAGAAAUCCGAACAUCCCACAUGUGUGCCCAACUCUGCUCACUCAUGAAGGCUCAGCUGUUAAAGACUUAUGAGGAAGUUGUUUUCCGUUUUGGUGGACAUUUUGACAUGAGUCUCAUGCAGGCAUGUCAGGACACUGAAGGAGCUCAUGGAGAGAACAAGGAGAACUUGCAGAGUGAAAAUAAAGAAAACAUUCCUAUAUUCAUUGCUGAAGAUCUUGUUAAUGAAAACACAACAACUGAAUCUCUGGCACAGGGGAUUCAGCAAUUUGUGAAGCCAACGACAGAAGCUUUAGUAUUAGAGAAAGAAGAGAAAAAAGAAAAUAAAGAGGAUGAAAAUGAUCUGAAGAAUGACUUUGAAGAUGCUUCAGAACUGUCUCCUUCAUAUAUUUCUCCAGCUGUAACUUCAUCACCAACAACAAAUGGCAGCAUAAUAACUAAUAAUGGGAAUGAUAGUGAAAUCAGCAACAGAAACGUAUCCUCAGAAGAUUCGAGGAAUGACGAGCUUGUUGACGCCAUUUUAGCUAGUCUUGUAGAAGCAGUCAAUGGAGAGGUUACUGCUGCUGCCACUGAAACCUGUGGUCCAGAAAUUGCAAUUAGUCCAACAGAAGGUUGUGGACAAGCACUUGGGAACUGUCUUCCCAGCUCUGAGCCAGACGGUUUCUUGGUUUUGGAAGCUGCACCUGAUAGUCAUAAGUUUAAACUGACAAUGUUCCAGCCAACCGAUCCCCCACAUUUCUACAGAACAGUUCGCAAAGAGAUGAAACUAUUGAAAACUUCCCUUCCACCAGGCAUCUGGGUCAGGGGCUACGAGGACAGGAUGGACCUGUACUCUGUUAUGAUUCGAGGACCAGAGCGAACUCCAUAUGAAGAUGGCCUCUUCUUUUUUGACUUUCAACUUUCAGCAGAUUACCCCCGUGCUCCUCCACUAUGUCACUAUGUUACUUAUUGCUCUGACAAACUCAAUCCAAACCUUUAUGAGGAUGGUAAGGUGUGUGUAUCUCUUCUUGGCACCUGGAGUGGCAAAGGCACGGAAGUGUGGACCAGCCAGAGUAACCUCCUCCAAGUCAUCAUAUCAAUACAGGGUUUGAUCCUGGUGAGUGAACCAUACUUCAAUGAAGCCGGGUAUGAGCGUCAGAAAGGCACACAGCAGGGACGAGAAAACUCUCGCAUGUACAACGAAAUGGUAGUCCUCAAACUAAUUCAGGCAAUGGCUAAAGUGAUUCAGGCGCCCCCAGACAUCUUUAAAAAUGAAAUAAUUCAUCAUUUUCAUGUGAAAGCUUUUAGACAAGUGCAGAGGCUGGAGUGCUGGCUUGAGAUAUCAGAAAACUAUAAUAUUUGUCACCCUCUUUCACCAACGACUCCCACCACCUUCAGAGAGAUACAUAAUCCAGGAACUCCAUGGGGCGUACAUGAAAUUCACACACGGCAAUACGAUACCAAAGUUGAUUUGCCCGAGUUUCCCCUAAUUCCAGCUUCAAAAGGCUUUUGUAUCACCUUACGAAAAACACUUCAACAGUUUAAGGGCAUCCUAGAUUCAGUUGGAGUAUCAACGGAUCAUCAAGCACCCCCUGGUUUAAGUAUAGCAGACGGCAAGAGGCCCACAACAUCGGUUAACACGCCUAACAGCGAAGUAAAAGCCACCAAAGUUCCAUCUGUCGAGACGGAGACAGAAAAUAUUGUUGGUCGUAACUCGUAGCUAUUGUCCAAUUCUAGCCCAUUUAUCCCAGUUAUUAUUAAUGUAUUUAUUAAUGUUAAUAUUCAGUGCCUGUGCAGGUUGUGGUGUUCGUUAGGUUUUGCAAGUUGUGGACAUUAUCAAAUUCCGAUCCUCUCCAGUAAUAACUUAGAUAUUUAUCCUUUUUGUAAUGAGUCUAAAAGGAGAUGAUAUAUUGCCAUCCCAGCUAUGUUUUUGUUAUUCCAAAGACUAUAUUUAACUUUUACCAAAACAUUUAAAGUUUCGUACGCUCAGCUUUCUUGACGAACUAUUUUCCUUAACGAUCUUUCUUAUAUAACGUGUGUUUGGUGUAAUUUAUAAUUACAGUAUAUGGUAUAUUUCUGUUGUUAUUUAUUUAGUAACCGAGUUGUAUUAUAGUUAGUGUAUCCUGUAUUGUAGUUAGUAUCCCAGUAUCUAAAGCUCCUGCACAAACAAGGACUUGUAGAUACAGGUAUUGAAAGAAAUUAGAAAUGGAAUAUUUUAUCACUUGAAGUGACUUAGAUGUAGAUGUUUUCAUAAAUUUGGAGCUUCACUUUGCCCAAGGACUAUUAACUUGUUGUUGAUAUGAGUUAUCAGUUGCAGGUUAUUUUGAGUGUUAAGUUCUUCACUUUGAAUCAUGGCUGAUACAGACUUUAUUGCUCUGACAAUGUGGUAUGGCUUAAAGGUCUGAGUGUAUGUUCUUUGUAAUUUAAGUGAGGACCAAAAAUAUUUCUUCAGUGUUCAAAUAUUAUACUGCAGACAGCUGAGAAACUGGGAUAUGUCAAAGUUUUCUUCAUUGAAUAUUUUUUGCUUGACUCUUUGAAUGCAAUUGUUUAUUUAUUUACUUUCGAUAAUUUUUUAUGGUUACCGGUAUUUGCCGUGCCGAACUAUUUAUCGACGUCCUCGAAGGGAUUCUUUUCAAGUGCCUCAUUUGUUUAUUAUUGCAAUGUCUUGAUCAUCUACACUUAAUUAAUCCUUGUUAUUGUCAUGCAGGAUGUCAGAUUUUUGGGGUAUAAUUUAUAAUAUACGAAAUUUGAUUCUUGAGAUUUAUGCAGUUAAUGCGAAUAGAGUUCUUGAUGAUCGAGAUGCCGCUGUCUAUGUAAGGUUUUGUCCCACCAUCAGCAAUAGUUAUCAGGAAGAUUAUUGUAUUUGGAUGUUUUGUAUAUUACUUUACUUACAUAUCCGUUCUUGUAAAUAUGAUGAAAGGAAUCUCAAAGCCGGUAGAAUGUCAUUAUUGUUGAAGACUACUGAGGCAGUACAGUACACCUAAUAUGCUUCACGGUGUGAAGCCAGUCUUGCGUAGUACAAGUUACAUCUAGAAUUUAUCAGUAUUUUAAGUUUUUGCUUUAUAGACCACUUGGUGUUUUCAUUUGUACCUCGUUAAAAGUAUUUGAAAUGUAAAUGAAUUGGGUAAGCAUUCAGGAUACCACCAAUAUCUCGUAAAUAUUUUGUCAUUGUUAAUCAAUGUGCCUGCUCCUAUCAGCCAUUAGAAACCUCCCGUUGUUAUAUUUAUGUGUAUUAUUAUUUUUUAAAUUCGUCUUUAUUAAAGCACAUGUAUUUUAUUUUCUCUAAUUGGUGCACAUAACCCCAGCACCCAUGAAUUAAUACCUAUAGUGUUCCCAACUGAUAUUGGCAAUAUAUAGCCUAAUUAACAAAGUUUUUGUGUUUGUUAGGACCACAAUUGAUAAAUCAGUUUAAUGUACUGUACUUGUUUGCUUACUGUAUUUACAUAGAUAUUUACAAACAAACACCACAGCCAGAGCUAGUCAUUGUUGCAUGUCAUGUUAUGGUUCGUAAUAUGCCUUAGGGAGAGAUGAUAUUAACUGCUGAAAGAGGACUUAUGCAUGGCUGAUCCCUAAGGUUAAUUAUUGAACUCUAGAUUGUUGUUCAACAUCAUAUGCUUUUACACAGCUGCACUGACAUAUUGCACCUGUAGGGUUAUAUGAAAUACAUUGAAAAGGAAGGGGAUGGGUGACAAGUGUAAUUUUGUUGGAACAAUUCUAAGAAAUAAGGAAAUUCACUUUUGUAACUUUGUUUGCUUUAAUUUUCUUGAGUGAUCUAUAAGUGUAGAAAAGUAAUUUUUUGGGAUGAUGAUGAUGAUUAUUAUUAUUAUUUUUAUUUUUAUUAUUAAUAUUUUUAUUAUUAUUAUUAUUAUUAUUAUUAUUAUUAUUAUUAUUAUUAUUAUUAUUAUUAUUAUUAAGAGCACAUCCAUGGUGAUAUGGGUUCCAGCCUUCCCCACAUCCCCUCAAGAACAAUAAUGGAUGUUGGGAUUAAGCCAAAAUUUUGAUACUGUUAGUCACUUGUGCAGAAGUUUCAGUUUGUUGUCUGAAAUUUAUCCAUGUUGCCUUUUGACUAAAUAUUACUAGUAUGAUAAAGUGCAAAUUGGGAUUAAAUGAAAAAAAUAAUCAAGCCUGGAAACUGAUAACAGGUAUUUUUGAAGUGACUAGCUACUAUUAAUGGUAUUAAGGUGAAAAGUGACAAACCUAUGAACGCAUUAUCUUCAUCAUAAGAAAUUAAGUGACAAAAAUAUUUAACGUUUUUAUCGUCGGUUUUAUAAGGUCGUGUGUCGUUGAGGAAUAUGAUGAACGCCAUCAAUAUUAUUGGCAUAUGUUGACCAGGUUAGUUUACGUCAGUGGCCUUGUUCUAAAACUUCUUAAUUAAACCGCACAUGCUGAUUUUGACUGGAAAUCUAGUUUUAAAAAUACUGGAAAAUAUAAUUAUAAUGUCCCAUAGCAGUAACAUUUAAUUGGAAAGAUUGAUUUCUUUUAUAAUGGAAAAUGUUAUUGUUGUACUGUAUUUAUACAAGAAAGUAACACAUUCAAUGAAGGCUCUACUGUAAGUAAUAAGUUUUUGUGUGUAAACAUCAGAAGUUUGCGGCUCCAUUCGGCCAUAGUGCUAAUAGGCCCAACCACAUCUAACCAUAAGGAUUGAGGCCCUUUAGACCUGAGCAUCAGUCCUAAUGGUAGGAUUUGGCCAGUUUGGAGUCUAUUAGGAUUAUCCUAUGACUGAUCAGAAAACAAAAUUUUUCUUUGGGCCACUUGAAAAUGUUUUCAUUAAAGUCGGUGAGAAACAAUUAUUAGUAAUGUAUUGAACUGAGAAAUACUCAUACAUAACCAUGAAUUAAUGUUAAGAGAUGAGUAAAGGAAAAUUUUUUAAGCUGCUCUCGUACAGUACAGUAAACCCAAAUGUACGAGUACUUAAUUAAUAUUCCAGAUCGAAAUUACUGAUUCAUAUUAAAAUUAGAUUACAAUAUGUAAGAAUACAAAAAUUGUGUGAUAAUUGUGAUAAAUAUAUAAUGAAACCAAAUCACAUUAGGGUCAAGUCAUCCUAUGCAGUUAAGAAUGGAAUUUGAUGACAAAACGUACGAGUAUCAUGAUGGGUUCGAGCUGCAAGUUUCACUGUGGACAUAGGUAUCUCCUACCGCAGCAGAGUGAUCAUGAGCCCAUCCUACCCCAUCCCCUCAAAAUGGCAGGGCAUGUUGGACCUCGACAUUUUACUUUGUGCUACAUUGUCGGGAAGCGUCAAUGCUACUGCUUAUAGGUGCUAAAUUUGUUGGUUUGGAGCAUUAUAAGUAUAAUUUAUCAAUAAGGCAUUAAGGUAGAUUGCUAAGAAUAAAAUUGGUUGUGGUAAUAAGAUUCUAUUUUAAAAGCCUAUACAGUAUUGUAAAAAGUUAUAUUGUUGUGUAUCCUGUGAUGUAUAUUUACAGGGUAAUUAAUACCAGUAUUUUUAAGGAUUCUAGAUUGAAUCCUCAUUCAUCAUGAUAUUAAACUUGCUAUAAUUGAUAGUCAUAAAAAGUUUAUAUUAAAAACAAUUAUUGAGUUUAAGAUUUAAUGCUCCAAUCCAUUCAUUUCAAGAAUAGAACUCAGAUUUAGCAAUCUCUGUUACCAAAAUGACAGCUGUUUAAUGUUUGUAUCAUGAACAUUUGUAACCAAAAUAGCCAGUCCAGCUGUCAUUCCCUCAUUAGGCUUUGUCUUAUAUUUUGAGUGACUUGUGUCUUAUUGAAGGGGAAAAUUAGGGCUUAGAUUGGCUGUUUUAUCUACAUGUUGCAUUGUAUUCAUUGUGGACUAAAUCGGGGCCAGCACAGAUACCACUUUGUACUUUAAGGCUGCACAUGAAAAUGAUCACAAUCCCAUAAUUUUUGCACAGUGGUGAGAAUUAACAAAUGGCAUCUUAAAUUGUACUUCAUAUUUCCAGUAUGUGUAACUUGUCUAAGCUGAGAUAAAUUUCUGGUAUGGAUUUUGCUGAGGAGAAGGCAGCUCAGGCCAUAGUAGUGAAUGCAGUAGUUUUUCAUACAUACAAGCCUUACUUGUAUGUUGCAUUAUUAAUCCAUUGUGUUUGAGUUCUUCAAAAGAACGUGUUUUAAGAAGAUUAGAUCUUGUAGAAGAAGAAGGUGAAGCAUUUGCUUUGCAAAAUAGAUAUGAUGUAAUCUUGCACCAAGAAAUCUUGUUUGACACAGUCUAUUUCAUAAAGGGACAUGUGGUUUUAAUAGUGUACUUAUGCAAAUGCAGUUAUACCAGAUGGUAUAUUUAAUAAUUAAAUAAUUUGAAUGCCAGAACAUUGGUUCCUUAUUUAAAUCCAAAUUAUUGAUUACUGUACUUUGAAAUAAAUUACAAUUUCUAGAGCUUAGUUGUAAUACAACCUUAAAUUAUUUUCAUUAUGAAUACAGUACUAUAUUUGAGAUGAAAGAACAUUUGGACAUUACACUGUAUGCAUUCCUCUUACUGGUUUGUUCUCCUUACUCCAGAACUCACAAAAAUUACAUCCUUCAAGACGACAAGCUGAUCAAAUAACUUAAAAAAUCUGUUUAAAUCUUCAGCUGCUGCUCUCAUGAUAUAACCUCAGCUGACAUUAUGUUGCCCAUCAUUUUUCUAGUCAGAGCUCUCCCUCAAGUGGACGUCUUACUAAAUAAAAUUUAUUGUAAGAUAUGGUUGCUAUACUGAAGAAAUUACCUAACUAUGCUGAUCAGUGUAAAAAUAUGUGUCCACAUGAGAAGAGAAAUAAUACACUUCCACUUUUAAUGAUAAUGUGAGUGUAUGUUGAUGCUUCUGCAAGUAUAUGUCUAUGCACAAUAAAAGUUUUGAAGAAUUGAAUUUGUAUGUGAGGGACUUUGUCAAGGCGAUUGAGAAGUAUAGGUUAAGGUAUCUGGGAACAGACUGUCAGUGGUCAUUGUUGUGAUAUUACAUUAUGGGUUUGUAUUUUUUAUCCCUGUUAUUAUUAAUACUGUACUACAAUUUCUUGACAUUUAAAUAGUUUGAUGCUCGUAAAACCAGAGGUCUAAUAUAUUAUUACUUGACUUAAGCAAUCAAUUACAAUGUAAUUUUAUAUGGUUUGUUAAUUACUGAAUAUGUAUGUCAAUGUAAUGUUUUUGCAUAUGUGAAUGUGUGUAAGAUUUGUUUGUAAAUUUGUGUCAUUGUCUUUGCAGACAAGAUUGUGAGUUUUUCUUUUUCAUAAAUAAGACCUAAAAUAUCAAUCUCUGGCCAAGUAGAAAUACGUGUAAAAAACAAACAAAAAAAUAUAAUUAUUUUCAUAAUACACUGAAUAAGUUUUGAAUUUGAAGAUUUGACCACAGUAAUGUCAUAUUGUAAAAAUAUUGUUUCCUUUACUGAGCACUACAGUAUUUGUAUAAAGUAAUUGAUGUUGCAUGUGGUUUCUUCACUGAUUGUAACUAAUUGAACAUCACUUUACCAUUAUACAGUACAGAACUAGUUGUCUUUGGACAUCCAUACAUCAGCCUACAGUACACACUAUGAUUCAUGACAUAAAUUAAAAUAAGUGGAUGUCUCGUAUUUUACCACUACAGUACUGUACUGUAGUUAAGUUGCUAAAAAAUUUGAAAGUCACUUCUGUUUAUUGAGACUAAUGUCAUUUUAUGUAACUUUAUUAUCAAAAAAAUUUCAUGCAAUUUACCCUGA